AUGGAUUUAACCGGUGUACCGACGCCUACAAUGGACUGGGACAGUCCGAAUUUGUUGGAAACAUUCAAAACCUUUAGAGGUCACGCGGAAUUGAUAUUCCAGGGUCCGUUAAAGGGGAAAGAUGAACCAGUACAAAUCACAUACUUGCUCCUAUGGAUGGGACAAAAAGGAAGAGAAAUUUAUAAAACUUUAGUGUUGACAGCUGAUCAGAAAAAAUCAGUAAAAGCUACCGCCGACGCAUUUGAAAAACACGUUCAGCCGAAAUCAAACCCAGUAUUUGCGCGGUUCAAAUUUAAUAAUGAAGUGCAAGGUGAAAAUACCAUGGAGCAAUUCAUCACACGACUUAAGAUACUUGCAAAUGAUUGUUCUUAUGGCGAAGCCUACAAGGAAGAUUUGAUUAGAGAUCGAAUCGUGUUCAGUGUAAAGUCGUCCAAAAUUAGAGAGAAGCUUUUGACAGUAGGUGAGAAACUAACAUUGGCGAAAGCUGUUGACAUAUGUCAAACUGUAGAAUAUGCACAAGAGCAAAUGAAUAACAUGCAAGAAUCGUCUUCUAUUAACUUUGUACGGAAAACUACUCACAAAAAAGAGGAAUCGAGAAAACGAGAUAUAAAGUGCAAAGGCGGGUCGCGGAAAUCAACGGAAAACAAGCCCGAUGUCGCGCACAAAUCGUGCCAAAACUGUGGUCAAUUCCAUGGAGACAAACAGUGUAAGGCGAAGGGAGUGCAAUGCCGAAACUGUAAAAAAUGGAAUCACUACGCGAGGGUGUGCAGGAGUAAACGUGUCAAUGAAGUGAGGGCUGAUGAUUCAUCUGAGGAUAUUUACAUUGAUACAGUAAUUAGUGCUGUGGACAAGAUGUGCAAUCAGGCAUUUGUGGAUAUUAAAACUGGACCUCUUGGUAAACAAAUUUCUUUCAAGAUAGACACUGGCGCACAGUGUACCCAUGAACCUUCUGCACAGACCAAGUAUGUAGAAUUUCAUGUAGUAGACACCCAGUCACCACCCUUGUUUGGUUUUCAGACUUCCAUAGAUUUUGGCCUAGUUAAACUCGCACAUGCUGUCACUUCCAAUUAUGUAUCCUCCCCGCUUAACAAAACAGCAGUGCUGAAUGAAUAUUCCCAGGUUUUUAAGGGCAUUGGCUCUAUUCCAGGGCAAUGUUCUAUUUAUCUGAAACAUGAUACUAAACCUGUGGUUCAUCCUCCACGUAGGAUUCCUGUUGCAUUACGAGAUAAAUGCAAGAAGGAGCUAGAUAAGAUGGAGAAAUUAGGGGUCAUUACAAAAGUAAGUGAGCCUACUGAGUGGGUCAAUUCAAUGGUGACAGUACAGAAAAAAUCAGGUGACUUGCGAAUAGUACUUGAUCCGGGUGACUUGAACAGAAACAUUCAACGUCCUUAUCAUCCGACAAAAACACUGGAUGACAUACUUCCCCAGCUAAACGGUGCUACAUUUUUUACAAAAUUAGACGCUAGGUCAGGUUACUGGGCCAUGCAUUUGACAGAGAAGUCUUCCAUGUUGACUACAUUCAAUACCAUAUUUGGGAGGUACAGGUAUCUGAGGCUUCCAAUGGGUAUUUCGUCUGCCAUGGAUCUGUUCCAAAAGAAAAUAGACGAAAUAUUUGAGGGUCUCCCAGGGGUAGCUGCCAUAGUAGACGAUAUUUUAGUAUAUGGCAAAACAAGGGAGGAGCAUGAUGCGAAUUUGAGAGCAGUGCUCCAAAGGUCACUAGAACAAGGUAUACGCCUUAAUCCAGAUAAGCUGGAGGUUGGGCAGUCCCAGAUUAGUUAUUUCGGUCAUGUGAUAUCUAACAAGGUCUUAGCCCAGAUCCAGACAAGGUGUCUGCAAUUUGAGAAAUGCCUAUCCCGGAAAAUAGGUCACAACUCGAAACGGUACUUGGCAUGA